AUGCUCAGUUAAAUCAUUUAAACUGUGGGAGUAAAAAGAAGGAACAACCUUCUGCGAACACAACGCCAACAGCACCAAACCAAUAAAAAUGAAUUGCAAACUUUUACUAGCUUUGUGUGCCGUCAUCUGUAUUGCCGGUUCAUUGGAGGCAGCCUCUUUAAGAGGAACUGUAGAAAAGAAUACGAAAGCAGCAGUAGUACAUAAAUUGGAUUAUGAAGGUGUAGAGGCAAAUGUAAGAAGUGCUCGUCAGACUUAUCCUCAAGAAGAUUCCAGUGAAGAUUCAGAUGAAGACGAUGAAGAAGAUGAUGCUGAGGCCCAACAUCAAAAUGCUAUAAGACGUCAACAGGCCUACGAACAGUCGGUCAAUGAGUCCCAAGAAGGUAGUGAUGAGGACGAUGAUGAUGAUGCUGCUGAUAACGAGGCAGAUGAUGAUGACGAUGAUUUUUAUGGUCGCAGAAUAAGACGUGAUGUUUCUGAGGCUGUUAGCCAUAAUAAAAUUGAGGAAGAGGCUAAACCCUCUGAAGAUAAGGAAAAACAACCUGCUGAAGAAACGACCGCCAACAGUGAAACUCCUGCUGCCGCUCCCGCUGCCACCACCUCAGGUUCUUCCAAUACCUCGGUUUUAAUCAUGAUCCGUGAUGCCAUUAAGAAAGUCACCGAAUUACCUAAUACCCAACAAGUUGCCACCAGUGCUCAACAAUAUUUCCAACUUUUCGAACAUUUCCUACAACAAACCAUCGAACAAGUCAUCGGUGAUGAUGACGAUGAAGAUGAGACUGAAUCCACCACUAUUACUCCCGAAAGUGAAAAAGAAACCGAAACCGAAUCAACUGAUAAGGCAAAUGAAAAUGGUGAAAAGACAACCGACAAUGAAACCAGUGAUAAGGAAACUUCUGCCGAACAUGUUGCAGUUCCACCACAACCUGAAAAAGUUGAGGAAGCUGCAGCCAAUGAAAUCAAAGCUUAAGUAGUCAUUCUAUAUAAAUUGUUAUAAAUUAUUAUUAAUUAGUUAGUACAAUUAAUUUAUUUAUUGAAAUAUAUUUAUUAUUUAUUUAUAACGUAAAAA